CUUUCGAUAUUCCUCUCUUCUUCCCCUCUCUCUCCGUUUGUAAAGCCGUCGAAGUUCGUAAAAUCUGCGAACCUGGUUUUAUUUAUUCAUUGUAUGGCAUAUUGUGAUAUUCUGAAUUUAUUGUUUGCGGUGGGCGUUUGGUGUACUGCUUAUCUCGCUGUUGCAGUUCUCACCUCUUUUCGCUUCCUCAACUCCCUCUGCCCAAAUCUGGACUAGUCAAAACCCAAAACCCAGAAACAAAAACACACCCGAACACUAAAAUACAUCAUGGGUUUUGCACAACUCGUUAUUGGCCCCGCUGGCAGUGGCAAGUCGACGUAUUGUUCUAGUUUGUUCCAAUAUUGUGAGAAAAUCGGGCGGACCAUACAUAUUGUGAAUUUGGAUCCGGCUGCCGAGAGUUUCAACUAUCCUGUGGCAAUGGAUAUAAGGGAACUCAUUAACUUGGAUGAUGUUAUGGAAGAACUUGGACUGGGUCCCAAUGGGGGCCUUAUGUACUGCAUGGAACACCUCGAAGACAAUCUGGAUGAUUGGUUGGAGGAAGGAUUGAACAAUUACCUGGAUGAUGAUUACUUGGUUUUCGAUUGCCCAGGCCAGAUAGAACUUUUUUCACACGUGCCAGUGCUGCGGAAUUUUGUGGAUCAUUUGCAGCGUAAAAAUUUCAGCGUUUGUGGUGUAUACUUGCUUGACUCACAGUUUAUGACAGAUGUGACCAAGUUCAUUAGUGGUUGCAUGGCAUCGCUCUCUGCAAUGAUCCAACUUGAGUUGCCCCAUGUUAAUAUCCUUUCUAAAAUGGACCUCGUCACUAAGAAAAGGAAUAUUGAAGAUUUUUUGAAUCCAGAGCCUCAAUUUUUGUUAUCAGAGUUGAAUAAACGCAUGGAUCCUCAGUUUACAAAGCUGAAUAAAGCUUUGAUUGAACUGGUGGAUCAGUAUAGCAUGGUCAGUUUUGUGCCACUUGACCUGAGGAAGGAGAGCAGUAUACGAUACAUAUUGUCUCAAAUCGACUCCAGCAUUCAGUAUGGAGAAGAUGCGGAUGUGAGGAUUAAGGAUUUUGAUCCUGAAGAUGAUGAGUAGAUUUAUGAUGUGGUUACCCUUGUGAAAAUAUACCCACCAACUCACUUUACAUUUCAUGGAGUGAAAAAUGUUAGGUUGUGGUACCAUUGUGUCAAUAUGUAGGGCCAAACUAUGAACUACAUAUUUUCUAUUUGAGUGCCAAAUUAUGAAUUACUUUUA